AUGCUUGGACGAUUCGACCUUAGAAGUUGCCUAGUUGGGCAUGGACAGCCUGUAAAGGCACCCCUGCUCACCAAGAGCUCUCGUCUGCCCGUCAUGUUCGCGGUGAAAGGAUGGUCCGUCUCAACAGAGAAGCUGAAGCCUGAGGUCGCCAGUGCGGCCCCAAACGCUCCCGGCCCCAAGAAGUCUAAGAAGAGGAAGAGACAGGCUGGGGCUGACCAGGUCACGUCCUCUAACGUGGCUGAUCUUUGGGAGCAGGUCAUGGAGCGCGAGAAUGCCCAGACGCAGGCGGGAAAGCCUCAGCAGUCGCAGCCAGGGGAGAAGAAGGCGAAGAAGGAUAAAAAGAAGCGGCAGAAGCUGGACUCGGACCCAGUACUACCUUUGGAGGAGAAAAUUGAGGCACAUGGGAACGAUAAGGCCUCCAAGCCUGAUGACAAGGCGGCCAGGAAGGAUGACAAGAAGGAGAAGGCAAAGAAGGACAGACAGAUGCCCAAGGACGCCGCAGCGGCAGCAACAGCAGCCCCAGCGCCAUCCGAGCAGGCCCUUGUGCCCUCAGUACCACCAGCACCACCAAAACUCACCCCUCUCCAGGCCUCGAUGCGCGAGAAGCUGAUCUCGGCACGCUUCCGCCACCUCAACGAGACGCUCUACACCCGGCCCUCUGCCGAAGCCCUCUCCCUCUUCGCCGGCUCUCCAGAGAUGUUCACAGAGUACCACGAGGGUUUCCGGCGGCAGGUUGAGGUCUGGCCCGAGAACCCCGUCGAGGGCUACCUCACCGACAUCCGCACAAGGGCUCGCGCCCGGCACCCGCCCAGGGACAGCAGCAGGAGAGCCGCCCCUGGGGAGAACGGCGCCGCCCCGCCCCAGCCGCAGGCGCACCUCCAGCCCCUCCCGCGCAACCGCACGACCAACGUCUGUACCAUCGCCGACCUCGGCUGCGGAGACGCCCGGCUCGCCGCCGAGCUGCAGCGCGACAAGGGCAAGCUCCGCCUCGAGGUCCUCAGCUUCGAUCUGCACAGCCCGUCCCCGCUCGUGACCAAGGCCGACAUUGCCAACCUCCCGCUGGCAAACGGGUCCGUUGACGUCGCCGUAUUUUGCCUGGCGCUCAUGGGCACUAACUGGGUCGACUUCAUCGAGGAGGCCUACCGUGUCCUCCGGUGGAAAGGCGAGCUGUGGGUCGCGGAGAUCAAGAGCCGGUUCGGCAGCGGCGCGGCUGGGCCUGGUGGCAAGAAGGGAGGCGGCGGCGGUCGUGUUGUAGAGCAUAGCGUCGGGCACCGGCGCAAGCCGGCUGCGGGGAAGAAGAUGGCGGGCGGCAAGGGCGCUGGCGAGGACGGCGCUGUGGACGAGAAGACGCUGCUGGUUGAGGUGGACGGCGUCGAGGACAACAGACAGCAGACGGACGUCUCGGCGUUCGUUGACGUUCUGAACAAGCGCGGGUUCAUGCUGGUGGGCCAGGACCAGGGCCAGGGGGCGGCCGCCAUCGACCUGAGCAACAAGAUGUUCGUCAAGAUGCGGUUCAUAAAGGCCGCGCCGGCCGUCAAGGGGAAAUGUGUGCGGAAAGAGCUGCCGACCAUGGCCAAGAGGCCCAAGUUUAUUGAUGCGGAAGAGACGGUGGAUGAGGCUGCGGUUUUGAAGCCUUGUGUAUACAAGAUCCGGUAG